AUGUUGGACUAUGAACACUCUAACGGGCGACGGUACCACGCCUAUUUGAGUGGGAGAUAUCCUUUACCGAAUGACAAAGGCGAACAAUGCCGAGAGUUGCUUGAGCAUAUUUUGAUGCAGCACCUUCUUGACGGAGAACUUUUCCUGUCUAACAUUGGUGACGAACCGAACAAGAUAAUCGAUAUCGGCACAGGCAAUGGAGCUUGGGCAAUAGAUGUCGCCGACUUGUAUCCAGAUGCGAGCGUAAUUGGGACUGACUUGUCACCGACCCAGCCCAAGUCGAUGCCACCGAAUGCGUGCAUUUUUGUUGAAGAUUGCGAGGACCCGUACUGGGCGAACGGACACGACUUCGAUCUGGUCCAUUUUAGGGGAAUGGCCGGGUUUCUUCUUGAUCUCGACGCCAUGGUCGCUAACGCCUAUGAGCAUAUAGCAAGCGGUGGAUGGAUCGAAUUCCAAGACUUCGACUACACAGUUUGUUGCGAUGAUGGCACCAUGAAGAAAGAUGACCCUUUGCAAGUGUUUUUCGAUACCUGCGCUCGGGGAAUGCGAAAGUACGGCUGUACCAACUUUGGCAAGAGUAAUGUUAAGAAAGCCCUCGUCUCUGCUGGUUUCACUCAAGUUAAUGAGGUGAACAAGAAAGUGCCCAUUUCUCGUUGGCCAAAAGACGAGGGACUAAAGGACAUCGGGACGACGAUGGAAGCGAACAUUUCCGACCUCAUUGGGGCCAUGGCCAUCAAACCGUUGAUUGCAUUGGGAAUAUCGGCAGACAAUAGAAAAGAAAUGGUCUCCCAGGCUUGCCAGAGCCUCAAGAAAAGCAAAGCUCAUCGGUACAUGAACUGUCGCUUUGUUUUUGGUAAGAAGGUUGAUGGGGAGGAUGCUUGCAAAUCGAAGUCUUGA